CAGUCGUGCACGCAGUUGAGAGCCAGACCGGGGCUGGCACCAUGACCAAGUUCAGGGUGAGAGUGUCCACCGGGGAGGCCUUUGGGGCUGGCACGUGGGACAAAGUGUUUGUCAGCAUCGUGGGGACCCGAGGAGAGAGCCCCCCACUGCCUCUGGACCAUCUCGGCAAGGAGUUCACUGCGGGCGCUGAGGAGGACUUCGAGGUGACGCUCCCCCAGGACGUGGGCCAGGUACUGCUGCUGCGCGUGCACAAGGUGCCUCCGGCGCUGCCCCGCCUGCUCGGGACCCUGGACCCGGACGCCUGGUUCUGCCGCUGGUUCCAGCUCACGCCACCCGGGGGCGCCUCCCUCCGCUUCCCCUGCUACCAGUGGCUGGAGGGGACCCGGAACCUGGUGCUGCGGGAGGGGGCAGCCAAGCUCUCCAGGGCAGACCAGCACCCCAAGCUCCAGAAACAGCGACAAGAGGAGCUGCAGGCCAGGCAGGAGAUGUACCACUGGAAGACAUACAUCCCGGGCUGGCCUCACUGCCUGGAUGAGGCAACUGUGAAAGACUUGGACCUCAACACCAAAUACUCCACAGCAAAGAAUAUCCACUUCUACCUACGAGGCGGCUCUGCGUUAACAGAGCUGAGAAUCAAAGGGCUGCUAGACCGCAAGGGGCUCUGGAGGAGUCUGACAGAGAUGAGAAGGAUACUCAACUUCCGGAAGACCUCAGCAGCCGAGUACGCAUUUGAACACUGGCAAGAGGACACCUUCUUUGCCUCCCAGUUCCUGAAUGGUUUCAACCCUGUUCUCAUCCGUCGCUGUCGCAGCCUCCCAAAAAAUUUUCCUGUCACUGAUGCCAUGGUGGCCCCAGUACUGGGCCCUGGGACCAGUUUGCAGACUGAGCUAGAGAGAGGGUCCCUGUUCUUGGUGGAUCACGGCAUCCUCUCCGGCAUCCGUACCAAUAUCAUUAACGGGAGGCCUCAGUUCUCUGCAGCCCCAAUGACCCUGCUAUACCAGCGCCCAGGGUGUGGGCCCCUGCUGCCCCUCGCCAUCCAGCUCAGCCAGACUCCCGGGCCCAACAGCCCCAUCUUCCUCCCCAGCGAUGACAAGUGGGACUGGCUGCUGGCCAAGACCUGGGUGCGCAAUGCUGAGUUCUCCUUCCACGAGGCCCUCACGCACCUGCUGCAUGCUCACCUGCUGCCUGAAGUCUUUGCCAUGGCUACUCUGCGCCAGCUGCCCCACUGCCACCCACUCUUCAAGCUGCUGAUCCCACACACAAAGUACACGCUGCACAUCAACACGCUCGCCCGUGAGCUGCUCAUCGCACCUGGGCAGGUGGUGGACAGGUCCACAGGCCUUGGCAUUGGAGGCUUCUCUGAAUUGAUACAGAGGAACAUGGAGCAGCUGAACUAUUCUGUCCUGUGUCUGCCUGAGGAUAUCCGGACCCGAGGAGUUGAAGACAUCCCAGGCUACUACUUCCGGGAUGAUGGGCUGCAAGUCUGGGAUGCAGUGGAGCGUUUUGUCUCUGAAAUCAUCAGCAUUUACUACCCGAGUGAUGUGUCUGUUCAAGAUGACGCAGAGCUCCAGGCCUGGGUGAGAGAGAUCUUCUCUGAGGGCUUCCUACGCAAAGAGAGCUCAGGUGUGCCCUCCUCGCUGGAGACCCGGGAAGCCCUGGUGCGGUAUGUUACCAUGGUGAUAUUCACCUGCUCAGCCAUGCACUCUGCUAUCAGCUCAGGGCAGUUUGAUGCCUGUGCUUGGAUGCCCAACCUGCCACCCACCAUGCAGCUGCCGCCACCCACCUCCAAAGGACGGGCAAGACCGGAGGGCUUCAUAGCCACCCUCCCACCUGUCAAUGCCACUUGUGAUGUUGCCAUUGCCCUCUGGUUGCUGAGCAAGGAGCCUGGAGAGCAACGGCCUCUGGGCACCUAUCCAGAUGAGCACUUCACGGAGGAGGCCCCCCGGCAAAGCAUCACUGCCUUCCAGAGGCGGCUGGCCCAGAUCUCGAGGGAUAUCCGGGAGCGGAACCAGGGCCUGGCACUGCCCUACACCUACCUGGACCCUCCCCUCAUUGAGAACAGUGUUGCCAUCUAAGUCACAGGAGAACAUGGUGCCUUGUGACAUACAUCCCUUUGACCGCAUAGCUCUAGGCUAGCUAGUGACCAGAGAAAAGGACCGCCCCCCCCCCACCAGGAAAACAGGCCC